AUGCUGUCCAAGCUGGUCACCAUAAUAGGCGCUGGGAUUUCUGGCCUCAAAGCUGCACAUGUUCUUCAAGAAAGUGGCCAAUUCUCCCCCGACGAUAUAAUUGUGCUUGAAGCCCAAGACAGAGUAGGUGGGAGGAUCAAGACGGAUCGCACUUCCUCUAAGUUGGGAGUUCCUUACGAUUUGGGAGCAGCUUGGUUUCACGAUGCUUUGACAAACUCUGUACUAUAUGAUAGCAUUGACAAUGGCACGUUCGACCCGAAACAAGAUGGCUACUUCGACGAUAAAGACAUUCAGGUGUACGCUCUGGAGCACGAAGGGCCACUAGAUGCUUCCAAUUGGAAGUUAACCAGGGUUGUGGAGGAUGUGGAGAAGUUUAUGGAGAUUUACUACAUGAGCUCUUUGGACAAGAAGGAUAUGUCGUUGGACGCAUUUGCCAAAGUUUACAUGGAAAAGUACCGCACCUUCCUCACCACGCAGCAGCUAAAAUACUGCUCCAGGCUUCUUCGAUACUUCGAGCUCUGGUUUGGGAUCCCUUCUUAUGAAAUAUCGGCCAAAUACGCUCCCAUGGACCACCAGGGACGCAAUUUGUACGACAAAAAAGGCCACGGUUUUGUCGUAGACCACUUGGUGUCGGAGCUCAAAUGUAACAUCUCGAAGCUGCAUCAGGUCACCAGGAUCCAGAGAAACGUGAAAGAAGGGCCGAGAAAUCACAAAGUAGAGCUUUCCAAUGGUCACAUUAUCGAUACAGACUACGUUGUGGUCACAGUGCCGCUCAGCAUUCUAAAGUUACAAGAUGGCCCGCAAGCUAUCACUUGGGAACCACCGCUCCCCAAGCCUAUGAGAGAAGCAAUUGAUUCCAUCUCUAUGGGAGCUCUUGGCAAAGUGAUCCUUGAGUUCGAUAUGAUCUGGUGGGACAAGACCCAAGACAGAUUGGAGAUUGUCGCCGACGAGGUGUCUUCUCACGGCUUGGUACCAAAAUCGUGGGAGUACCCGAUUUACAUCAUCAACUACGCAAGGGUGUUUCCAGGAACUGCCUCACUUGUGGUACUUACCCAGUCUCCAGUGACUGAGUAUUUGGAAGCACACCCACAGCAGGCGUGGCCGUACAUGCGACCAAUGCUUUCCAAGUUGAAUGUGUCGAGCUUCUCAGUCCCCGACCCAAUCAACGUAAUUGUCACCGACUGGACGAAAAAUCAGUUUUCUAGAGGUGCCUACUCAGCAGUCAAAACAGGCGACUCGCCUGAUGAUAUCAUCAUCCACCUUUCUGGUGAGAAUGACGGCGUCGGCUUGGGCCUGAACUCCACUAUACGCUUCGCAGGCGAGCACACUAUAGCCGACGGGGGUGGCUGUAUCCACGGGGCAUACGACUCAGGAAAAAGAGCUGCCGAAUGGAUUGUGGAGGAUUCGAAGAGGUAA